AUGGCACUAUUCGAGGCCUUGUAUGGUCGAAAAUGUAAAACUCCCAUAUGUUGGCUCGAAGCAGGAGAGAAGCAAUUCACCGGACCCGAGAUCUUUCAAGAGACGUUGGAUAAGUUGAAAGACAUUAGAGAGCCUUUGAAAGUGGCACAAGAUCAUCAAAAGAGCUAUCUAAUAAUUAAGGAAGACCGAUCGAGUUUCAAGAUUGCUGCCACUUCAGAUUCAGGUGAUAGUGGUACGAAAGGAAACAGAGAUGUGUUUCAAGGAAAUUCUAUCGGGCGAGGAACCAAUCGGGCAGGUCAGUGGAAACAACCAAAUUAUWGACCUCCAAUUGCAUUUCAAGGAACUUCUAGUAAAGGUUUUUCGAAUACGAAUUCUCUGUUACGGUGCAAAUAUUGUGGUUUUAGACAUCAUCCUGGCCCAUGUAUUCGAAUGACCAGCGCUUGUUAUAAUUGUGGUCAACGAGGUCAUAUAGCUCGUGAUUGUAAACAAGGGCCAAAAGAUAAUUCUAAAGAUAAAGAGAAGCAAUCUACUGCCGGUGGUCGAGUGUUUACACUAUCUGCUGACAAAUCUACUGCGGGUAUGAUUUCUGGUACCAUUUCUAUUGACAGUAGAGAUGCAUAUGUUUUAUUUGAUACAGGUGCUACACACUCGAUUGUCUCUGAAAACUUUGAAGAAAAUCUUAAAUCGUAUGAACAAUCCACUGAAUUUCCAUUACAUAUUACUACUCCCAUGGGUAGUUCAGUAUGUAUAUUUGGGCAAUUCCCAAACUGUCCGUUAUUUAUUGGCGAUUGA